AUGAACGCUGCUAUCGCACUCAUCUUCUUCGCCUGUGUUGCUGGAUCAAUGGCUACUGAAGCCCGUCAUCCAAUUGUUGACCAACUUCUUGCACAAGGACAACUUGUUAUGCAAUCAACCGUAUCUAUGCUUCAAACUCAACUCAUGAAUAUGGCUGCACAAGCUCUUGGUCAACUCACAGGUCUUAUUGCUCAACUCGGUGGUCGAUUAGACUUCAACAUCAGUGCCAUCCUUGACCAAUUCAAACCACUCCUUGCUCAAGCCGCCAGCGGUCUUCUUGGUCAACUUAUGGGUAGUCUUUCAGGACUCAUUGGUGGUCGUAUCUUCGGUGAUAUUUCAGCCAUGUUCACUGAAUUUCUUGGUCAAAUCACAACACCACUUCUUGCCAUUGGUCAAUCACUCUUAAACCAAGGUUUAUCAGCUGUUGUUGGUGAUACACUUGAAAUAGCUGCUCAAUGUGCAAUAUUAAUAGGUGAUAUACCAAGUUUUGAACGAACUCUUGCACAACUUAAACCAUUUUAUUUUGACCUUGAAGAUCGUUUACCUGAAUCACCUUAUCGUUAUCAGUUACUUGGUUUAAAUUUACUGAGUUUACUCUCACAAAAUCGUCUAGCUGAUUUUCAUACUGAAUUGGAAUUACUUCCUCCAAAAGAUAUUCAAAAUGAUAUCUAUUUAAAAUAUCCUGUUUCAUUAGAACAAUAUUUAAUGGAAGGCAGUUAUAAUAAAGUAUUUCUUGCCAAAGGAACUGUUCCAUCACCUUAUUUUACAUUCUUCAUGGAUAUUCUUCUCGAUACAAUUCGUGAUGAAAUUGCAUGUUGUAUGGAAAAAUCAUAUCGAACAAUCUCAUUUACUGAAGCAGCUCGUCUUCUCUAUUUAAAUAAAACUGAUGAAUUAGCUGCAAUAGCCAAAAAACAUGGUUGGCAAAUAAAAGCAGAUCAAAUAUUUCAUUUUGAAAAUAAUCAAAUGAAAGCAGAUAAUGAACAUGUACCUGCUGAUGAAAUUGCUUCACAAAUGAUUCAAUAUGCACGUGAAAUGGAGAUUAUCAUUUAA